CUCAGAAUCAUGGACGCGAUCAAUGAGACCCAGGCGAAUCCUAUGCACGUCACCUUCUCAUGGUACGAUUACACCUUCUUCUCGAUGAUGCUGGGUCUGAGCGCACUCAUCGGCGUGUACUUCGGCUUCUUCGCUAAGAACAAACAGUCCAGCGCGAAUGAGUACUUGCUGGGUGGAAAGGAGAUGAAGGUUGUACCAAUCGCGAUUUCUUUAACGGCAAGCACGGUUUCUGGAAUCACGCUUCUUGCAGUACCAACGGAUGUCUACAGAUUUGGAGCUACCUACUGGUACUACUCGUUCAGCGCCGUCGCCGUUUAUCUCAUCACCUACUACGUUUAUCUACCAGUCUUCUACAAACUACAAUUAACCAGUAGUUACGAAUAUCUCAAGCUCAGAUUCAACGGGAAGAUCCGAAUUUUAGCCUCUUUCUUAUACACCAUAGCCAAUCUUUUUUAUCUGCCAAUCGUCAUUUACAUUCCAGCUUUAGCAUUCGCUCAAGCUACUGAAGUAAACAUUCACUACGUAACGCCUUUAGUAUGCGGCGUCUGCAUUUUCUACACAACAAUUGGAGGUUUAAAAGCAGUAGUUUGGACGGAUACUCUUCAAUUCGUAGUGAUGAUGGGUUCGAUGUUCGCCGUUCUUUACAUGGGUAUUGCUUCAGUCGGAGGAUUCGGCGCGAUGUGGGAUAUUUCAGCGAAAGGUCAACGUGUAACACCAGACUUCACUUUAGAUCCAACGGAAAGAGAUGGUUUCUUUGCAGUUCUAGUUGGAUCAAUCUUCGGAUGCGCCAGUUACAUCUCCAUCAGUCAAGGAUUCGUCCAGAAAUACCUUUCAAUGCCAACUAAACAGGACGUCCACAAGGCUUUAAUGCUGUUUGCUGUGGGAAUAUUCAUUAUCAUUUCGUCCUCGGUAUUAACUGGAUUAAUUAUGUACGCGAAAUACGCGGACUGUGAUCCGUUUACAGCCAGGAAAAUCGUCCAGCACGAUCAAAUCCUUCCUUAUUACGUCAUGGAUGUAGCCAGCAGUAUUCCAGGAUUAUCUGGUCUAUUUCUCUCCGGAAUAUUCAGUGCUGCUCUUAGUACGUUGUCGGCAUCAAUGAAUUGCCUUUCCGGAUCGAUAUACGAAGAUUUCAUAAGUCCGUUUAUGUCUAAGGAUAUAAGCCAGAAGAGAGUGAGCAACUAUUUGAAAUUGAUAGUCUUCAUCAUUGGUUUGGUGAGCACGAUUUUGGUGUUCGUCGUUGAAAGGAUGGGCAGCAUCCUUCCGUUCCAGUUCAGUUUGGGAGGGAUAACGGCCGGUCCGUUGCUCGGAUUGUUUUCACUGGGAAUGCUCUUCCCUACAGCAAACUCUAAGGGCGCAAUGUCCGGCGGAAUCGGAUCGCUGAUCAUAAUGUCGUUCAUUAUCCUCGGCUCGCAGAUAAACAAGAAUAAAGGACUCAUAUAUUACGAGCCGAAGCCACUCUCUAUAGAUGGAUGCAACUCAACAAUUACGUCGCCCGCUUUCGAACUGAACACCGCCUCCGAGGAUGUCUCCGCUCUCUUCAGGAUCACACACUACUAUUACGCAGCGAUGGGUACGUUGUUGGUGCUGCUAAUUGGAUUGCCGGUCAGCUAUUUCACGAGGAACGAAGAGGACGUCGUCGAUCCUGAUCUGAUAAGUCCCGUUUCCAAAUGGAUGCUGAAAAAGGAGAAGGGAAAAUACUACGAUGUCAAAAAGGCACUGAACAUCGUUCACAGCGAAAAAUGCUAAUAUCAUCAAAACCAAGGCUUUCUCCUCAAAACGAGAAAGGAUCACAUUUUUUCGUACCUAUGGUACUGCUCAUCAAUUUUUUUUUUUGUUAAUUACGCAUUUUAUAAACGCAAUAAACCAAUUCGUUUUUAAUUGAAAUUCAAUUACAAACUGACUGUUAUAGUUAUAA